CUCCUGGGACCAUGGUUGGAUUUCAGCCUUCAGAAGUGCCUCCCACAACAGUCGUGAAGUUACUGGGGGCCGGCACAGCAGCCUGCUUUGCCGACCUCCUCACGUACCCGCUGGACACGGCCAAGGUCCGCCUGCAGAUCCAGGGGGAGAACCCAGCAACACAAAGCGUGCAGUACCGCGGUGUGCUGGGCACCAUCCUGACCAUGGUGCGCACCGAGGGUCCCCGGAGCCCCUACAGCGGCCUGGUGGCGGGCCUGCAGCGCCAGAUGAGCUUUGCCUCCAUCCGCAUCGGCCUCUACGAUUCAGUCAAGCAGUUCUACACCCCCAAAGGAGCGGACCACUCCAACAUUGCCGUCCGGAUUCUGGCUGGCUGUACCACAGGAGCCAUGGCGGUGACCUGUGCCCAGCCCACAGAUGUGGUGAAGGUUCGAUUUCAAGCCACCAUAUGCCUGGGGACUGGAGGCGACAGGAAAUACAGAGGGACUAUGGAAGCAUACAGAACCAUCGCCAAGGAGGAAGGAGUCAAAGGUCUGUGGAAAGGGACUUUGCCCAACAUCACAAGGAAUGCCAUUGUCAACUGUGCUGAGAUGGUGACCUAUGACAUCAUCAAGGAGAAGCUGCUGGACUCUCACCUGUUCACCGACAGCUUUCCCUGCCACUUUGUUUCUGCCUUUGGAGCCGGCUUCUGUGCCACAGUGGUGGCCUCCCCAGUAGAUGUGGUAAAGACUCGGUAUAUGAAUGCCCCCCCAGGCCGGUACCGUAGCCCCUUGCACUGUAUGCUCAAGAUGGUGGCCCAGGAAGGCCCCACAGCCUUCUACAAAGGAUUUACCCCCUCAUUUCUUCGUCUGGGAGCCUGGAAUGUGAUGAUGUUUGUAACCUAUGAGCAACUGAAACGGGCCUUGAUGAAAGUCCAGAUUCUUCGGGAAUCUCCAUUUUGAACAGGACAAGCCAGCCACUUGGUACUUUCCAUCAUAAACCCACUUAAGAAUGGAACAAAACCACGGAUCUGCACCGGGUGGAUCUGUGCCCAGCAGACCCAGCUUCACACAUGUUUACAGAAUUCUGCACCUGUUGUUGAUUCAAGAAACUGAACUAUAAGAGGAGGAAAGUUCUGAGCUCAGUGUUUUAUCCUAAAGCACCUUUGUUUUGCACUGACAUGAUGGGAAAUAAAUUAUAUUAAUUUUUGAAACCUAGGUUGGUUGCCUAACAUUUAGGCAAGAGAAUACAAAGAAAACCAUCUCUUUGGAUAAAAGGGAAGUUUGCCAACUUGUAUCCCCUGAAAAAUAGGAUUAGACAAUGAAUUUAAACAUUGGAAGGAGUGGCCCACAGCACAGCUGAAAUCAGCUAGGAGCCUCCAGGGACGGUGCAACUGCAACACAAAGCUGGCACUGCAGCCCCACGCUCACACAAGGUUCAUCUGUCUGCCUUUGCUGUGAGUCUGCCAAGUGGAAUCCAUUGGGAUUCUGGGAAAUGUGAGACAGGAGGAAGAAAGCAUUGAACUUGGGCAAAGGAGGCCUGCUGGGCCCACUGAGGACACUGGAGGACAGAGGUCGGCCUCACUCUCCUGUCUGUACAGUAAGUAGCAAUCUCUUCCCUGCCUACCUUGCCAGGGAGCAUCAUGUGAGAAGCCAGGCAUGGACGCACUUUAGAAAAGCAAUGGCUGCCUACAAGUGUAAACAUGAAGACAAUGCUUCUGGAGAGAUUUUGUCCAGACAGGAAUUACCAGCGUGGAAGUUUUGGAAAGAUGCAAUUAUAUAAUUAUAAGGCUGAGCAUGGGGACCAUGGUUGACUGAAGGAAGCCACAGGAGCCAACUGCCCUCAGCUUCUGCUCUCUAGUAACCUCAAAGGGCUGUGGGUCAGAGAAGAGGCACUGCCUGCCUGGGAGUCCAAAACAGCAGGUCGCAGAAUCUUUGGAAAAUUGUUAUGACUCAAUAAAAGAAUUCUC